UAAACCGUACAUUACAUAACUAGGCUUUUUCUAGUUUCAUGACGCAAUCACGAGAAACCGAAAAAUCUGUUUCCCUAAAAUAUCUAGGGUUUCCAAUUUCCGAAAGGAGUUACUCUAGGUCGCGAUCCAUUAAAUUAUAAUUUGGUUCCAAUUUCUGCCUUUUAGGAUUACGAUUCUCUUUUUUCCAAAAAAAAAAAAAAAAAAGAUUACGAUUCUCUAUGAUAUUCUGGACUGCGUUGGAUUCCGUGAUUAGGUUUUUUUUCUUUUGGGGCUGGUUUCACAUUCUGGGAUUUCCUUAAUCGGCGUGUGGUUGUGCGAGAUUUUGGGGGAUUAGGGCUUUCGGUGUGAAUUUUCACGAUACAGGUUUGGCAAUUGGAAAGUUUCGGGUUUCGUGUUUGAUUUCUCAGAAAAUUUGGCCUUUAGGGUCUGUUUGAUUCAAAGGCAUUCGCCGGUUUUGAUCGACUGUAUAUUUAAUUAAUUCGUGCGCCAGGAGGUUUACUUUUUGGGAAAUUUGGUCAUGGCUUCGCACGGGGAAGAGGAGCUGGAGUAUGACAGUGAUCCGGAAGAUGCAAAGCGUUCACUAUCCAUGCGUAGGCGAGAAGCAGCCAGUGAUGAUGAGGAAGGAGAACGAGAAGUAAGCGAGGAUAAGCACAGGGCCCCAAUUCAUUCGGAUGAAUCAGAUGGUCAGGGCGGAGCUGCAGAUUAUGAUGAAGACGAAGACGAGGAAUAUGUGGAAGAUGAGGAAGAGUACAUAGAAGAUGAAGAAGGGGAAGAGGCCUAUGAAGAAGAGGAGGAAGGUAUAUUUGAUGGGGAGGGAGAAAUUGAGGAGGGUAAGGAGAGGAGUGAAGAAAGAGUGAGCACUGCUGGUGCUGGCACUGGGGGUGGUGCUAAUGCUGCGGAUGUAGGUAUGGAGAAUGAGAUGCAAGAUAAUGUGAGGAAUGUUGAGGAGGUUGCUGCAGAUGUUCCUGCGGGGAGUCAUGUUGAGGAAGAGGAAGACAAGAAGCAGAGUGAGCCUUUUGCUGUGCCAACUGCUGGUGCGUUUUACAUGCAUGAUGAUCGCUUUAGGGACAAUGCUGCUGGUAGACACAGGCGAACAUAUGGAGGAAGAAAGUUGUGGGAGUCAAAAGAUGACAGGAAAUGGGGGCAUGACAAGUUUGAGGAGAUGUCUAUCCAGGGAAGGCAUUAUGAUGAGGGAAGGAGGACUUCUAGAGGUUAUCGAGCUCGAGGUAAAAAUCGAGGUCCAGAUCAUGAGUAUGGUAGAGGAAAUAGGUCUAAAUUGUACAACAACAGUAAUAGUAAUCAGAACCAACCAAAGGGUGUGAAAGGGAGAGGACCCAGAAGGUAUGAGCCAAAUACAAAGAAUAGCAGUCAGUCAUAUCCUACUCAUAACAGACAAUAUGGAAAGCCUGUGGAGAGAACUUCACAUACCAGUUCAGGAAAAUCCUUCACGUCCUCUUCAAAUGCUGAACCUGAACCACCUCCUGCUAGAAAACAAGUGGUUGCAUCUAGUUUGAGUUCUGCUUCUCCUCCUUUUUACCCGUCUGGGGCUUCUAAUAAAGAUGUUUCCCUGGCACACAAAAGAGAUCUGCAAAUUGGAAGUACCAGCAGGAGCAAUCGCCCUACUGGAAUCGAUGGCAACUUUUCAAUUCAAGAUACCAAUGGGUUACUUCGGGGAAAGAAAGUAGCUAAUUCUGUUGGCAUGGAGAAGCUCUAUAUUGAUGACUCCAUGAAUGUUGUAGCCAGUAAGCCUUUGCCAAUGAGACCUUCUCAGUCCAGGGUUCAGGGUAGGGGCGUGGCUGUCCAAGGCCAGAUGACCUAUCAACCAUUGCCAUCUUCCCACCAAGUCAGAGUUUCUUCUCCGAUGCAACCCCAUACUGCUCAGAGAGGUACUAUUCAAAACAGAGGCCAACCUUCUGUACAAGCUUCUGGUCAGCAGUUGGGCCAGCGCUCUGGUAGCGGAUCUCAAGCAUCCUCUCCUCCAAAAACUGCUACGUCUAUGAGUUCAUAUCAACUUGGUGAAUUGGAAUCUUCCUCAGAAUCAAAUAAAUCUAAAAUUGCAGUGGUAGGAAAGGCAAAAGGCAAUAUUCAAGGAAAUGGACGUGGCUCUUUCAUGUACAGUGGAGCUCAGGUUAUGGGAGCCACAGGGAGUAUGGCUGUGGGUUGUGGUGAUCAAAACUUCCCUGCAACCCCGACCUUCCUGCCGGUUAUGCAAUUUGGGGGCCAGCAUCCUGGUGGUAUUGGAGUUCCUGCUGUUGGCAUGGCGUUUCCUGGAUAUGUUGCUAAUUCACAUGGUUUGGGAAAUUCUGAAAUGACGUGGUUACCUGUUUUGGCUGGAGCUGCUGGGGCUUUGGGUGCUACUUAUUGUCCUCCUUAUAUUUCUGUUGAUGGAGCUUAUCAUGCUCUUCCAUCAGGACAAACAUCUUCCACAGGAUCCACAAGCAAGGACAAUAAUUCUAAUAAACCUAGUCAUGACUGGAAGCUAUCUCAAAAGCCAGAGCCUGUGGAUGAUGAGUUCGUGCAGAGACAAAAUAAGCCUCCUCGUAGAUACUCAGAGAUGAACUUUAGCCAGUCAAAUUCUUAAAUUGGAUGAAGCCUAUUCAAUAAGCGGAUGAAGCCUAUUCAAUAAGCAGAUAAAGAUCAAUGUCUGCCCAGUUGAGCAUUUGGCUGUUUGGGUGUUGCAAAAAUUGUUAGUGUGAUUUGUUGGUGAUCCAGGCCUUCCUCCAGGCCCUUUGUGUUCUCCAGAUAUUGUUCUGGAACACUUUGGGCUGCAGUAUGUUUCUAAUCUUUUAGUUACAUAAACAAACACCUGCUCGUGCUGCACUCAAUUUAAGAUCCUAAUUUUGUGGCUUUGCGGGUGGUAGUUUCUUGUUUAAUUGUGUGGUUUUCUUGUUGCUUGGUUUUUGGCGAAGCUUCUAAGAAAUGUGAUGUGGGUUGCUUCUGUUGCUAUGUAUCCGGAGAUAUGGAGAUACGUCGAAGAAGAUAUGGAGAUACGUCGAAGAAGAAUAAUUAACGUGCAGAAUCGACAGAGAUUAGGGUUUUUUUUUUAUUAUUAUUGAAACCAGAUGUUUUUUCAUUUUAAAAAAAUAAAACUUGGACCUUAUCUUUGUGAUUUAUCAGUCUUGUUCUGAGGAUUCCUUUGUGAAUGGGAUUUCUUCUCUGUUUGUCAAAUACCCUUGGAAAGCUUUUUAGUAUCAAGGUGAUUUAUGGCAUGUUGAGGCAAUGGAAAGCUUGUAGUGAUAUGAAACUUUUCCCUUUCAUUUUUUAUGAUGAAAUGGUCUGGUCAUAUAAUAAAAGCAAGCUUGUAUGUUUAA